GCACCGUAGCAUCCCAGGUACGUGGCCAGCUGUUCGCUCAAAGUUCCUCGUCUCAACACACCUCCAAAAAGAAAGCCACAAGCACAAUGGCUUCCACCAGCACCGCUGCUCCCUCAAGGGGUACCCCUCCUAGCGGGAAGAUCCGGCUCGCGACAGCCUCUCCGGGGACGCAGGCCACGACUCGGCAGACGGUGGGCGAGCUGGAGCAGAUAGCCCGGAGGGCGGCGGCCGAGGGCCAGGCGGAUAUCCUGCUGCUGCCCGAGGCGUACCUGGGUGGCUACCCCCGGGGGUCCGACUUUGGAUGCAAGAUUGGAGCUCGGGACCCGAGGGGCAGGGAGGAGUUCCUCGAGUAUUUCAAGCAGGCGGUUGACCUUGGCGAUGUGGUCGGAGAGGCUGGAGCUGGGGGCGGGGAGAGCUGGGUCAAGAGGAGUCUUGGUGGGAGUGAUGGUGGUGGUGUUGGUGAGACGACGACGAAGAAGCAGCAGCAGCAGCAGCAGAGGGGAGACGGGACGAGGGAAGAGCUGGAGCGGAUCGCAAAGGAGACGGGCGUGUUCCUUGUGGUUGGCUUGGUGGAGAAGGCUGGUGGUAGCUUGUAUUGUGCGGCCGUAUAUGUCUGCCCGUCUCGUGGCAUGAUUGGGAAGAGGAGGAAGGUCAUGCCGACUGGCACAGAACGCCUCAUCUGGGCCCAGGGCUCACCGGCGACGCUCAAGGCCGUGAGCACGGUGAUCCGGGGCGUGCGAAUCAACAUGGCUGCGGCCAUCUGCUGGGAGAGCUACAUGCCGCUGCUGCGGCAGGCCAUCUAUGCGCAGAACGUCAACCUCUACCUCGCGCCGACGGCGGACAACCGCGACGCGUGGAUGAGCCUCAUGCGCACCGUGGCCCUCGAGGGGCGGUGCUUUGUCGUCAGCGCCAACAUGUGCGUCCCCGAGGGCGUGCAGUCUGCCACGAACGGGCAGCCGCAGCAGGCAGCUCCGCACAGCAGCAGUCCUCGCACCACGACGACGACGACGGCGGCGGCGACGACGGGGGAACGGAGGAGGAGGAACUCGUGCAUGACCGAGGAGGGCUUCGAGAUUGCCCUGCCCUCUGCUCCGGCCUCGUCCUCCUCCGCCGCCGCGACCAGCACGACUGUCACAAAGACGGCAAACACGCGGACGCGCCGACGGUCGGUGCUCGACGAGGACGGCAACGAGAUUGUGCUGUGCAAACUUCAGCAGGAGUUACAUAGGACGACGACCAGCGAGGCCGUUCUCGAAGAGCCCGAGGACGACGUGGACACAGCAGCAUCGACGACCGCAACAGCAACAACCAACGGAGCCACCAACGGGACCACCAACGGAGCCACCAACGGAGCAAAGAAGCAUACUGCCAGAAGCUUCAUCUCUCGCGGCGGCUCGAGCAUUGUCUCGCCCACUGGUGACGUCGUUGCCGGCCCGCAGUGGGAGGACAACGAGGGCAUCAUCUACGCCGACGUCGACUUUGACGACUGUAUCCGCGGCCGGCUGGACCUGGAUGCCGCGGGUAGCUACUCGAGGUGAGUCUCACAUUUCCUGCUCGCUGUCUCUUGUUCCUGGCAGGAGGUUUUCUUUUGGCCCUGUCUUCCCCCCUUUUCGGACAAUGCAUAUUUCCCGGUCA